AUGGGCGACUGUGUGCUUAUUAGACCUAAUGCAACUGGGGAUGAGCACCCCUUCCUUGCCAGGAUCGAGGGCAUCGAUUUCUACUCCGUAAACAAUGUCCAUGUCCAUGUCAGGCGGUAUUAUCGCCCCGAUGAGACUUUCCAAGGGGUUCAUAAGUUCCAUGGCAAAAAAGAGGUCUUUCUUUCCGACCGCUGGCAGAUCGUGGGCAUCUGCACCGUCGAGGGCAAGUGCACCGUUCACUCUUUGGAUGACUACAUAAAACUUGGUAAUGUUGGUGCCGAGGACUAUUUUUUCAUAUUCGAGUAUAAGCAUGAAAGUAGAGGCUUCAGUCCGGACAAUGUUUGUGUGUAUUGCAUAUGUGAUAUGCCAGGCAACCCGGAUCUCCCUAUGAUCCAACGUCGGGAGUGUCGUAACAGGUAA